AUGGUCGACAUGUCUAAAUCCGAUGUUGGUCUCGAUCAAACAACGAAUGCUAACCGUGGCUCUGACGAUCUUGACAUCGACGCAUUGAGACUGUACUUAUCAGAGACAGUCGAGUUUCGCGUGAGCGAAGAUGGCAACACGUAUACCCAUCCCGAGAGCAUGCGAGGAGUACCGGUCAACAAAAUCAGCGAAGACUCUCCGUACUGGAAUCGACACUGGAGAUCACUGGACGCUUAUAUUGCCCGUGAAGGAGAAGAGGAGCGGCUGAAGGCAGAGUGGACAGCCCGGUUGGUAGAAGCCAAGAAAGCCGUGCCUAUAACUGCAGAGCAGAAGAGGCAGAGAAAGCUUAUUGCUGAUACUGCCAAGCGUCACUCCGACAACUGUUCAAAACAACACAAGAUUGGCAAAAUGUUCGGCCCUACUACAAUCGCUCACCCGAACCAAGUCAUCAGUAAGCGAUACCUCCCAGACGAUGGUCUGUGCGAGCAGGAGACGAUGUACAGUCUUGCCCUUCGCCUGUACGACCUGGAGAUCCUCUAUCAACACGGCGAGCUAACCAUGCAACCUUGGGAUUUCCUUCGCUGGAGGAUUGGGCAGGCAGCUAUCCGCCGAAGCCGGCACAAGCUACCGGAUGAACAGAGAAAGUCUGCCAAGCGAGUUAUCACAAACAUGAUAGACAAGCACAGCUCCGACGACAAGAUGCUGCGCAUGAUGACAGCCUUUGCGUACCAGCUCAAGCAACCAUCAGGCAAGACUUUUGGUCGGACCAAAGAAUCGAAGCCUUACUAUAGCAACGGCAUAAACCAGGUCCAGAAGAAGAUCAAUGAACGCCAGGAGCGCAUUGCUUUCAAGGACCAGAUCAAUCGCCGCAGCCAGCAAACCUACGACAUGAACGUCGGCGGGCGCAAGGCACGGGAUGAACGUGCCAAAAGGCUACGUGAGGAAGCCGAGCAGGCUGCAAGGGAGAAAGAGCUCGAGCGGAGGGAGAAGAGACUUCGAUUAGCACAACAGUCGACCUACGGCGGAGUCAACGCGUAUCGUCAGCAACGCAGUGGUCAAACUCAAGGCCAUACUGCACCCAACGGCGGUCCUUGCGGGUCCUGA